CCGGCGGGGGGACGGGGGGUGCUGGGGGGCUGUCACCCCCUCCCCCCCAAAUGUCACCGCGCCACCCCCGUCCCUGCCACCUUCGCGUGGGGACAGGAGGGAAGCGAAAGCACCGGGGUGACCUCGGCCGGGCUGGGCUGGAAAUACCCCGGGCAGCGCCGGCGUUUCCCUGGCGAGGGUGGGGGGCGAGGCGGGGGGCACGUCCUCCGUCACCGUCAUCACCGUCACCAUCAUCAUCGUCAUCGUCGUCCCCCCGGCUCUGCCCCGGCCACCACGGAAAGUCCCCGCGGUUUCCCCGAUCCCUCGGUGCUGGGGGGGGGGCGCGGGGAAAAGCCGGGGGCACCCACGUCCCGUCCCCGAGCACCCAGCGCGGGGGCUGCUCCCACGGGGAUUUCUGGGGGACGCCCCCGGAGAGGGGACGGCGCGGGGCGAGGGGGCCGGGGCACCCCCCGUCCCCAGGAGCGCCCCCCCCGGCCAGGACAUCCCGGGGGGUUUUGGGGGCCCCGCGCCCCCCCAGCAGCCCCCCGGCCGGCAGCGGGGGCAGGCGCGUGCCGGCGCGGUCCCCGUGCCAGGCCGGGCAGGACGCCAAGUCCCUGUGCCGGGAGGCCGGGGGGAGGCCGUGCCCGCCGGGGAGGCUCCGCGCCUGCCGGCACCGCCGCCCGGCAUCGGGGACCCCGAGGACCUGGGGUAAGGGACGUGGGGGGGGGAGGCUGUGCCCCAGGGUCCCCCCACCCCUGUUCCUUGUGCCGUACCCACGGCUCCCUUCCCUGCCUCCUGACCCGCGGUUUCCUGUGCCUCCCGCAGCCCCGGUGCCGGUGACGCCGUCCCGCAGCGCCCGCCGCAGCCUCGGAAGAGCCAGCCCGCGCCCGCCCGCGGCCGAUGAACCCCAUGAACCCCAUGAAACCGUCGCUGCCGCCCACGCCGCACGGUGAUGGUUCAUUUGCAUACGAGGCUGUUCCUUGGCAACCGAGCACCAAUCAGCCGGCGGGAUCCCUCUCCGUGGUAACCACCGUGUGGGGUGUCAGCAACACCUCCCAGAGCCAGGUUUUCGGCAGCCCCAUGGGCCCCGGGGGGAGCAGCUCCAGCACCCCGCUGCUGCCCGGCAUGGCCGGCACCGGCUCGGGCAUGAGCUCGCCGCAGUUCCUGGCGCAGCAGCCCUUCGCCGAGGGCGCCCCCGGCAAGAGCUACGUGCAGCAGAGCGUCUACGGCCGCGGCUCCUACCCCGGGGGGCCGGGCUUCGCCCCCAGCUACGCGGGCAGCCCCAGCGGCCCCGGCGGGAUGGGGCUCCCCUCGCACGCCGGCCGGCCCCCCGCUGACUUCACCCAGGCGGCUGCUGCCGCUGCCGUGGCCGCCGCCGCCGCCACUGCCACCGCCACGGCCACGGCCACGGUGGCGGCGCUGCAGGAGAAGCAGAGCCAGGAGCUGAGCCAGUACGGGGCGAUGGGAGCGGGGCAGCCCUUCAGCAGCCAGUUCCUGCCCCAUGCGGCGCCGCGGGGCCCCGCCGUGCCCGCCGGCAUGAGCCCGGCCGGCAUGGCGGGCGUCAUGGGCCCCUCGGGCAUGGCCCCCAUGAGCAUGAGCCCCGCGCGGGCGCCCGGCAUGAGCGCCCUGUACAGCGGCCAGCGGAUGCCGCAGCACGCCUACCCCGGCCCCCCCCAGAGCCAGCAGCUCCCGCGCCAGGGCGUCAAGCGGGCGUACUCCAGCGAGGGAUACCCGGCGCAGCAGUACCUGCAGGGCGGGCAGUACCCCGCUGCUGGCGCCCAGUACGCCCCCAGCGCCCCUCAGCCCUCCGCUCCGUCCCCGUCCUACCCCGGGCACAGGAUGCAGCCGGGCAUGGGCCAGUACCUCUCCGCCUCGGGCAGCGCCGGGCCCUACUACAAGCCAGCUGAGCAGUUCAACGGGCAGGGCGCCAGCUUCGGCACCUACAGCCAGGCGGCCAUCAACGGGCCGGGCCGGUCGAUGCCGGGGUACCCCAGCUCGCCCCUGCCCGGGAACCCCACGCCGCCCAUGACGCCGGGGAGCAGCAUGGCGCCCUACAUGUCCCCGGGCCAGGACGUCAAGUCACCGUUCCUGCCCGACAUGAAGCCCGGCAUCGCCGCCCUGCACCCCUCGCCCUCGGGUAGGGGCUGGGCCCACCGCCCGCUUCAGGGGGCAUCGCCCCUUUAAGGGC